AUUAUAGUCUUUCAACGCAAAACCACCAAAUCAUCCAGCGAGAAAUCGCUCUCAGUUAAAAUGCAUCCAUUGGCCUAUUUAAUUUCGUUUUGUUUGCUCGUCUGUUACGCCAACGCCGAUGUCAGCGAGAUCGUCCCAAAAGCAGCAGCCACAGCCCCCAUAAGAAAUCAUCAUCAACCGGUAGUGACGACGGCGGCGGCGGCGAAGGAAAUUCAAACGUGUCUGGUGCUGACCACCAAUUUGCAACCCAACCCGGAAGCUAACACUGUCCUGCCGGAACACGGUCCGGUACCGGCUUCGUCGUCGCUGGACGUAGAAAUUGACGUCGCUGCCGAUGCUGAGGUGAUCAAAGCCGGUGGUGGACAGUUGGACAGCAGCCAUGCAGACUACCAGGGACCAUAUCAUUACGAAAAGCCACAGGUUCCGCUGGAGUAUGGUGCCCCGCUGCUGCCAGCGACGACGGAAGCUCCUGCAUUGCUACUACCAUCGCCAGAGGGAAGAAACGAUGUCUUUGAAGGGGAUGAUUAUUUGCCGCCAGCACCAACUAGCAAUGGAAAUGGUGAGAGGGGCAAGAGACACGCCAUGUUGUUUGGAAGACGUGUGCUGUUGUAGGUUGUUUUGACUUAUGGAAUAAGAUAUUAACUAAACGAAAUAAAUUCCGAUGGUUGAUUGAACUUGUUUCAGCGCCUUUUAUGUAACUAUUGUUUAUAUGCAAUAUUUCUGUCUAGAAAGAUUUAAUAUAACUUGUCGGGAAUCUGACAUAUUACUUUUAUAAUAA